GGCUUCUUGCUUCCGCCCUUCAACACAGAUUUCACUCACCAUCUUGCUGUCUUUCUAGUUUUUACUUUGCGAGGGUUUCUCGCCCAUGGCGUCCACCGCUUCUUCCUCGUCUCAUGGCGCUUCCAAGUUCCUUGGCGACCUUCCUUCCCGUGGCUACUUUUCGUCUUCCGUCCCUUCCUCAAAUCCUGGAAGUAUGCGAGUCUAUAUCUGCCUUCAUGAUACCUCACCACCAGAGGACCAAGAAAUAAAGACAAACCAGCAGAAUAUACUUAUUCGAUCUUUAAUGCUUAAAAAUUCCAGCUCAAAGGAUGGAAAGGGAGUAGCUGCAGCCGAAUCCUCUCGAAAGAGGGCUGGUGAAAAAAUUUCAGAUGGCAGAGCAAAGAGGACUGCCCAAGUAAGUUCAGGAAAAGGAGCAUCCAACAGUGAAACACCGAGUAAGGAUUUCCAGAAUUUGACUGUAGAGAGGCUGCGUGCGCUUCUCAAGGCCAGAGGCCUUUCGCUGAAAGGAAAGAAGGAUGAAUUAAUUGCCCGCCUUCGAAGCGCUGAUGGUUAGACGACCACUAUGGGAGAGGAGCACAUGAACAACAUGAGCAGCAAGGAAAGCAACCCGAGAGAGAAAGUUAAGGAUGACUGUUUCCUCAACAUUUAAAUAGGAGUAGGGUAGAGUUGAAGUUGAACUGAUGAUGGUUCUUGAGAAAUUAGUCAUGAAUAUCUGCAUUCAUUCAUUUU